AUGUCUGAUUUGGGUGAAGAUGAAGAAGAUUUUUUGAAUGAUCUUGAAGCCGAUCUGGGGGGAGAUGUCGAUGAAGUAGAUUCUGAAGAACAAGAUGAAGAGGCAGUUAUUGAUGUACCAAUCAUAGGUAAAGAUGUAGCAGAAGAAGAGGAUGAUUUACAAUUUUUAGAUUCACUGGUGCGAAAAUUUACACCUGUCAUAUCCGCAAAUAGCUUGUUUGAAAAACAACAUGUGGAAACCCUAUCAAUUAUAUAUGAGAAGCAUCAAAGAAUAAACUCCAUCAUAUCAUCACAAAAUAUUCAGUUCAGUUCAUUACUCCCUCGUUUAAAUGAAAUUACACAUAUAAUAAAACAUGAAUUACAAAAAAUUUAUCAUUACUUGCGUUUUUUGUAUAGCAAAAAGUUCAAUGAAUUAGACACCAUCACAUCCUCUCAGUUACAGUAUGCUCGUAUCGUUAAAAUUUUUGAAUCGCAUCAAGACCUCUCAUCAGGAGAACUUAAUAACUUAUUCGAAAAUGAAGCCAAACUGACCAAGGAACAAAUCAUUGUGCUAAAUAUUUCAAUGAAAUCCUCAUUCGAUAUAUCAUUUAAGUUAGAUCACCAAAAGCAAAAGGAAAUAUUAAAGUCAACCGAUAUGAUAACUACGCUCUCUGCUUUGCAAGAAUUGAUAACCCAUUAUAUUACAUCAAAUAUUAGUCACAUUGCCCCUAAUUUAUGUGCACUAAUUGGAUCCCAAAUCGCGGCUUUAUUAAUAUCUCAUGCUGGUAGUAUAUUAGAUCUGAGCCAAAUACCAAGUUGUAAUCUGGCAUCUAUUGGAAAAAGUAAACACCAGUCUCAUGAGCUACAUACGUCGUUAAGUGGUGUACGACAAGAAGGAUAUAUUUAUGAUUGCGACUUAAUCCAAGACCAACCAUCUGAAAAUCAUAAGCAAAUGUUGAGAAUGGUUUGUGCCAAAGCAUCGCUAGCUGCAAGAGUUGAUGCAGGGAGUAAAACCCAUAAAGGAGAUGGUACAUUAGGUCAGAACUGGAAGAAUGAAUUGCUCGAGAAAAUUCAAAAACUUAAAGAACCACCAAAUCAAUCAGCAGUGAAACCAUUGCCAAUUCCUGAGGAUAAGCCAAAGAAGAAAAGAGCUGGCCGGAAGUUUAGGAAGUAUAAGCAACAGUUUGAGUUGUCACAUCUUCGUCAAUUACAGAAUAGAAUGGAAUUUGGAAACCAAGAGCAAACAACUUUGGAUGCCUUUGGAGAAGAAAUUGGGAUGGGGAUGGCUACUUCAUCUGUUCAGAAUGCUAUGGGCUCAGCUAGUUUAAAGGGCCUAUCGGUAAACAAUUCAGCAAAAAUGACAAAGGUGAUGAAGCGGAGAUUAAAAGAUGCUGAAUAUCAAUCAAAUGCAUAUAUGGUAUCUUUGACUUCUGAUAAUGUUGAUAAUCCUGAAUUUAAGAAACAAAAGCCAAAUAACGAUACUGACACAGAUUGGUAUUCGCAUCAUAGAUAA